UGCCUUUUUCCUCCCCAGCCCUGGAGCCCUCCCCUGGGCAAGUUUUGGGGGACACGGCCCCCCCCUCACCACUGCCUCCCCCCCGUGUGCACAAGCCUUGCUUUGUGUGCAGCGAUCGCAGCUCUGGGUACCACUACGGAGUGAGCUCCUGCGAGGGCUGCAAGGGUUUUUUCAGGCGGAGCAUCCAGAAGAACAUGGUGUACACGUGUCACCGGGAGCGGAACUGCCAGAUCGACAAGGUCACCCGGAACCGGUGCCAGUUCUGCCGCCUCCAGAAGUGCUUCCAGGUCGGAAUGUCCAAGGAAGCUGUGCAGAAUGACCGGAACAAGAGGAAGAAGGAGGUGAAGGAGGAUUUGGGGGGGGAUGAGCUGAGCCCUGAGCUGGCUGAGCUGGUGCGGAGGGUCAGCAGAGCCCACCAGGAGACCUUCCCUUCUCUGGGCCAGCUGGGCAAGUACACCACGAACUCAAGCGCUGACCACCGGGUACAGCUGGACCUGGGGCUGUGGGACAAGUUCAGCGAAUUGGCCACCAAGUGCAUCAUCAAGAUUGUGGAGUUUGCGAAGCGGCUCCCGGGCUUCACAGGGCUCAGCAUGGCUGACCAGAUCACUCUGCUCAAGGCUGCCUGCCUUGACAUCCUGAUGCUGCGGAUCUGCACUCGCUACACACCGGAGCAGGACACGAUGACGUUCUCGGAUGGGCUGACACUGACCCGGACCCAGAUGCACAACGCGGGAUUUGGGCCACUCACUGACCUUGUGUUUGCCUUCGCGGGGCAGCUUCUGCCGCUGCAGCUCGAUGACACCGAGACUGGGCUGCUCAGUGCCAUCUGCCUCAUCUGUGGGGGUGGGGACAUGCGGGACAUCAGAGGGACAUGGGGGGCAUGGGGACAUGGGACUGAGUCAGGGCUGCUCAGUGUCAUCUGCCUCAUCUGUGGGGGAGGAUAUGGGGGCCAUCAGGGGGACAUGGGGCAUAUCAGGGUUAUGGUGGGCAGGGGACUGAGUUGUGGCCACUCAGCUGCAGAGGUGGGGACACGAGGUGAUAGCAGGGGGACACGGGGAUCUCUAAGGCAGAAGAUCAUGUGUAAGAAGGCAUGUGGAGACACGGGGACAGUGUCUAUCCAGGUGGUCUCUCCCUCUCUUCCCAGACCGGAUGGAGCUGGAGCAGCCCCGGCAUGUGGAGCGGCUGCAGGAACCACUGCUCGAGGCUCUCCGGGUCUAUGCCCGGCGCCGGCGCCCACGGCAGCCACAGCGUUUCCCCCGCAUGCUGCUCAAAAUCACUGACCUGCGUGGUAUCAGCACCAAGGGUGAGGAACCCCCAGAUCCCUGGGAACCCUCCAAACCACAGCAAUCCCACCAGGACUCCAGAACCCCCAAA